AUGGACGACAUGCCGUGCAGCCUGGAUCUAGCCAUCCAGACUCUUUACGGACCAACAGUGGAGCUGGCAAGGCUGAAUUCGCUUUUCUCCUACAGCAUCGCUGCCAACCGCUAUGGAUCUCGAGGUGUCCAGCUGGACUAUUGCAAGCUUCGACUGGGAGGAGCGCCAUAUGCCUUCUCGUGCGGAGUCAACCAGACUACACAAUCCUUCAGCACGUUCUCCAUCGUCUUGAACUCAGCUGAGGGAAGUAGGCCGGGGUUGCUUCUCUCAGCCCUCCUGAUGCUUUUGUUGAAACUCAUCCAUGCAUAUUCAGAAUGA